AUGGAAGACAAUCAUGAGAAGCUAGAUAAAAGUUUGUCUACUGAACAUGAACAUACAGGAACUGGAAGAAAGCAACAAUUGAAUAUAAAAAUAAGUACAUUCAUCCUUUUUAUAAAAAUUAGUGUCUACGCCCUUUUUAUUUGCUCCCUAUACUAUUCCAACCAUGGCACUUUUUCCAAGCCCCGGAACACCCAAUGCAACCAAUGGAACAAACCCAGUCUUAAGUCUCGCGCAUUAGUAGAACAAGGUCCGGCCUAUAUUAAUAAGUACUCUAAAAUUAACGAAUAUUCAAAAUUAUGUCAUAUGCAUGAUGAUUAUCCAACAUUUAAUGAGGAAACAUAUUUCAGAAGAGAUUUAGCAGCAUUUAAAUCAAAAUGGGAUAAAAGGACAUCACAACCACUUCACAAUUUAAUUUCAAAGAUUAAAAGUGCCCCAACAAAUUUUUUAGAUGAAAAACGUCGUUCUUCUGAAAAAGGGAUAGAAAACAAUGGUAAGGGCAUAAACAUUCCUAACGUAGUCACAAAAAAACCUGGGAGAGUGAUAGAAGAACCCGUUGAAGUGAUAGAAUAUCACGAAGCAACAACAGAAGACCCUGACGAAGAGAGCAUAUACUUUGACGCGGAGAUAGACGAGCAGGAAAUUUUGGAUGAAGAAGAGCAACGCCUUAAAAACUAUUUAGAUUCCUAUCUGGAGGAUGAAAUACACUUAAAAAAUAUUCAUAAAUUUAUACAAGAAACCGAAGAAUGUACUAGGAAAUAUAAAAAAAAAAAGUAUGAUUUUUUUAAAAAUAUUAUAGCCCUUAGGAAAAGAUUCAAAAAAAUUAUUAAUAGCAUUAAACAUCGUUUGGUGAAACACAUGACAUAUAGGAAACAUCACCUCAUUAAACUGCUAAUAUUUACUAUCAACUGGUUCUUUUCCAAAUUGCUUCCGUGA